GGGUAGCCUGAGGUAAAGAAGUGCUGGAGAUGAAUUCUGCUCCCCCUCACCGCCACCAGCCGCACUGAGGUCCACCUCAACACGGGACAAAGGAGGACAUUUUUGUGUCACCUCAGUAACACCAGGCAUUUGGAUGUUAUGGCCGAGUCGAACAGCGCGAGUUUCCCUCAUUCGACACCGAACGGGUCAAGUCGCCACGAGAAGAGUUUGGGUCUCCUCACAGUCAAGUUCGUCACCCUGCUCCAGGAGGCCAAAGAUGGGGUGCUCGACCUCAAAGUGGCUGCAGACAGUUUGGCUGUCAAACAAAAGAGGAGAAUCUAUGACAUCACCAAUGUCCUGGAAGGCAUCGGACUCAUUGAAAAAAAGACCAAAAACACCAUUCAGUGGAAGGGGGAGAGUUCAGGCUGCCAGCCUCAGGAGGUUCUUGAGCAGGUGGAACUUCUCAAGGCAAGUAUUGCUGAUCUGGAGCUUCAGGAAAGAGAGCUGGACAUGCAGAAAGCAUGUCUGCAACAAAGCAUCAAACACCUGAAUGAAGACCCCUACAGCUGCAGAUACAGCUAUGUGAUGCAUGAGGACAUCUGUGAUGCGUUCAGCGGAGACACCCUUCUAGCUGUCAUGGCACCAUCAGGAACUCAACUAGAGGUCCCAGUGCCUGAAAUGGGCCACAAUGGUCAAAAGAAGUACCAGGUGAACCUGCGAAGUCACUCAGCUCCCAUCCAGGUCAUGCUGAUAAACAGAGAGACAAGCUGCUCCAAGCCUGUUGUCGUCUCGGUUCCUCCUAUAGACGACAUUUCCUCAAUGCCGACUCCUCCUAGCACUCCAGCAGGACUGCAGAGGUUCCCCAUCUCCUCCAUUGAUCUCUGUGAUCAAAAGCGUGGCCUGCUUAAGAGUCCAGCUGCAGAGCACCAGCUCACACCAUCUUCCACGUCCCCUGAUAUGCACAUGGAAUGCAACCCGGAGUCUCCUGCCAGUCAGUGUUUGUUGAUGCAGGGCUCUCUAGGAGGUCCUGAAGAACAGCAGAGGGAAUUGGGAGGUCAGGAUCUGCAGUCCAUGCUGGAAGAAAUGAGGGAUGACAGAGAAGGAGUUUCUAACCUUAUUGAUGAAUUGAUGUCCUCAGAUGUUUUCCCAUUGUUAAGACUGUCACCCAACCCUGGUGUGGACUACAGUUUCAACCUGGAUGACAACGAGGGAGUCUGUGACCUCUUUGAUGUACAGAUUCUUAACUACUAGAACAUGAUUCGUGCCACACUGAUCCACACUUCAUUCUCAAAGGACAAACGCAGAGGUAACGAAUCUCUUUCCCCCACUGCCAACGGCUGCAUUCCUGCCACACUUCCUGAACCUUGAACUUUGGCUUGCACUCAGUUUUGCGUUCAUUUACACUUCAUCCUUAGCAAGUCUUUAACAGUGUUGUCCUGUCCGCUUUCAACCAUGACUAAUGUUUCAGAGAAAGAGACCGGAAAGAUUGAACCCUCCCACCCAAACUGUAGACUCUAUUGUUAUUUUGUUUGAUACAGUCGUUAGUUUGGUUUCGUUUUAUUUAUUUAUUUUUUUACCUCACCCAUUGUUUCCGAUGAGUGAUGGUGCAUUUCGUAGAGUUGAAUGGAGGGAAGUCUGAAUGUAAUCUGAGGAAUUAAAACCACCCAAACAUGAUACACUUUAAGAUUUGGCUGUUCACUUGUUGGAACAUGUGCCUAAAACGAUCUGUUUUUUUCUUAUUCUUGAUACUAAAGUUCUAACCUUUUAUAUUUUUUACCACAUAUUGCAAGCAGUAGACAUGAAAAUGAAUAAUAUUAUUUAACAGCACACACAACGAUUUGAGCGGUUCGAUUUGUUUGUUUCUUACCUGUUUAAUCAACACUCCACUGUGUAUAUUUAUAUUGCGUUUUGUUUGUCUUUCUUACUGACUGACAUGUUGGAAUAUCACUGUUGUUCACCUUGUUGUGAAAAGCUGAUUUGUUUUUUGUGUUUCGAGGCAAUCCAAUUUAUUUAAAAAAGGGAAAUGAGUAUAAUUUUGUACUAUAUUGUUCUUUGGAGGACAUAAAGCUGCCUUGGAUAAUCUUUGUUUCUACAUUGCAUUCCAAGAUUGUGCCUUAAACAGUUUGUAAGUAACUAUUUUCUUUGUAUAGUUUUCUAAUCAAAAGAGCAAUGUUUUUUGUUCUG